AUGGCGGCCGGCGCGGAGGAGCCCCCGUCGCGGAGCCUCUGGGAGGAGAUCUGCGCAGAAUUUGAAGCCAAACAGCCUGUUCAUCCGGAUCAUUUGGAGAAGAAAGAAGAACCUGGGCUUGCCUUAAAGGAAAAAACAGCAACAAUCCAGCAGGUCCCUGCAGAUGCUGGUGCACUGCCAGAUUUGAGAGGGGACGAGAGCAGAUCUGUGAUUACUGAUGAAGAGGUCUUUCAGAAGACUCCGUCUCUUCUUUCUGAACCAGUAGCUCCUGAGUUGCCUGAUCUAAAAACAUGUACUCCAAGACAAUUCUUGGAAUGCUACAUUUUUCCAGUGCUUCUUCCUGGGAUGGUAGAGCUGUUACACCAAGCUAAGAAGGAGAGAUGUUUCAAGAGGAAACAGACAAGAUUUAUUGCCCUUGAUUUCCUCACUGAAUGGUUAUACAACCACAAUGCAAAGAGAAAGGACGAGCCGUUUGUAGAAUUUUUCGAGAUCCCUUUCGUGAAGGAUUGGCUAAAGGAUCAUCCUAGGCCUCCCAUUCCUCUGUCUCUGCUGCUCACGGAAGAAGAAGCCAGCAACAUCAUCCAGUCCUUCUGGAGAGGUUAUCGGAUCCGAUGUGAUCCUGAAGUCCAGGAAUUACGCCAGUGGCAAAAACAUUUGAGGGAGACAAAGAACAUUAACAAACGGGUACGAGAGUUCUGGGCCAAUCAAGAAAAGAAAGUGGGAACCAAGCUGGAAGACUCUGUGCAGCCCAGCCCAAAUCUCUUGAAAACUAUCUGUGGAAAUCUCACAGAAGCCUGAGGCCAUGGCUAAGAUU